CUUCACCGCGAGACGGUAGCGUGUGUACGCGACUAUAUAUACGCGCUGUGUUUAGUUAAUGAGAGUGUGCGUCACGCCAGGCCAGACAGAAGGACUAGAUAAGAGAUAAUAGAUCUCUCUCUCUCUCUUGCUCUUCUUUUGGUCCUGCCUCAAUUUGCUUCCUGCUGUAAUAUUAUGGCUGAGGGCUCGGUACGAUCUGGACUAAUUUUCCAGAUUCUCGGGAAGUCCGUUCGAGAGGACCAAUCGUGGGUAUCAGUUCAUGAAGCGUGAAUCAUCUUUUGAUUAUCGGGUCGCGUUGGUGUUGUGUUGUGUUAUAUUACACAGUCGUAUUAUUGAUGUAGAUAUGCGCGCUCUCUGCGCCUGGAUGAUCGUAUCUUCCAUCGCGAUAUUGUUAUUUACACUGUGAUUUUUCUUUCUUCCUUAUCUGAAGAACUCUCUGGUCUGCGAGCUUUGAUGAUGCAUUUUGAAAGUCAUCUUUACGUCUCCUGGACAGCGUGAUUGUAUACAGCGCUCGUCAAGUAAUAUUUCAAAGAUGCUGGGGUACAAAAGACGAGUGUUGCCAGUAGUAGCAUCAGUGGCAAUACCCAUGAACGAGUAAGAUUAUUAGGUUUCUUUUAUUAAUAUGACCAAUUUGAUGAGCAAAACAAUUUAAAAUGCUUUGGUUUUGUAGCCAAAAUUUUGCAAUAUCAUGGUUUGACGCAGUACCAACGUAAACUGGCGUCAAAACACAUUCAUAAUCCUUUCCUCACAUUAAUAUGGAUUCACCACCAUCAUAUUCACUAAGUGUAACUGGACCUCUCAGCGAUAUUGGCAGUAGUGGCAUAGGAGGCUCCAUAUCCAGUGAUUCUGUCAGGGCACAUUUUGCUACUGCAGAGCUACAAGAAAGCGACAUGGAAAGCAAAUCUUUGUCACAGGAUUCAUUUGAUUAUUCGGAUGGUAUACAUGGAGAAAAUUUCAAUACUUUAAAGAAAGGACCAGCUGCAUGGACAGAUGUUUUGUCCGCUGCAGCAGCAACAGUGGCAGAGCAACGAAAACUCGAAGUGGCAGAUAUUGCUAUUAAACCACCACCAGAAUUCCAAGACAGUCCAUCACCACCAGACACGUCUUCCUCCUCUUUAGAGCCACUUGCUUCUGAUAACCACACAACUCCUCAAGCCCAAAGAAGAGCUUCAGAUACUUGUAUUCAAGAAUUUGCUCAGAAUUUAGUUGAAACCAUAGUAGAGGAGGCCUUAAAUACUGCAUGUACAAUUUCUUGGCCUGAAGGAAAAGUAAUUCUAAGGCCUCCCAAACGUGCUCCUAGCACAGAGAUAAUCCAUAUGAGCUGCAAUAAUAGGACAAAAACCACUUCACGAGUGUGGAUGUCAGAUUAUAUGACUGCAUCAUCACCGGGACUAGCAACAGCAGGCUACAACGGGGCCAUUACGAUUACUCCGUUCAGCACGUUAAACCGACCAAAUUCACGAUCUUCGCUUGCGUCUUCAAGGCUAUCAAGCUCACACAAUUCAAUCAAUACGACAGGACUGAGUAACAAGGCGGACGACAGCAGCUUCAUCACUUCGGCCAUGUCGCACGAUAUUCUCACUACGAGUCACAUCAGUGAUAUGUACAACGUGCCGUUCGAUUCGGACAUAUACACCGUUCCGAUAGACGUUGUGCGGCCAUUGCACCACGAGCUGAGAACUCCGCAGCGACCAAAAAGGCACAAGCAUCAUCGAAAGCGUCGAAGAAACGUGUCGGCGAGCUCUCAGAGCGAAUUUGAGUUUCACAUACAGCCGCAGCAGGUGAGACACUACUGCGGUGGAAUGAUAGGCAAGCCCAAGUCCAUUAGUCACAUAAUCAAGUCGCAGAAAAUGCUCGAUACCUGUUGUAAUUAUUCGGCGGCAAUUCCUGGCUCGGCUGUACCAGUGGCAAACGGCACGUGUGGCAAUAAUGGAAAGAGGCAUAGCGUGCCAGGAACGUCGGCAGCCGCUACCGUUGCAGUUGUGGGUCGUCAGCCGCAGCAACAACAAUAUCAUCGUCAGCUGUUGACCAAGUCAUCGAACAGUCACGUACGCGAGCCUAUACACAUGACUUUACACGAAGUGCGCCAAUAUUUACAGACUCUGUACUCGUCUGGUGGUUCGGCAGACAGUUGCAACGAGGCGAAGAUGAAGCGCGAUAAAAUGACCAAACUAGCUUACCAACAGGGCAUCGGUCAGUCUUCCAUUCACCUCACCCCAAUGCCUAAACUUCUCAACCUUAACAACAACAACAUUAACAACAACAAGUACAGCAAUCCCGUCAACACUGAUUCUUCUACAACGAAUACGCCAAUAUCGAACAAGAGCAGCAACGGCCUCAUGCAACAUAACAAUAAUAAUAUUAACAACAAUAACAAUAACAACAAUAAUAGUAGUAGCAACGUUAAAAAACAAAAGAAGAAUUCGAUAUCCACGCUUAAGAACAAAAAGUCGAAAAACGAACGAGCAGAUGAGCUCAAGUCGUUGGAUGGAACAGAUAGUACAACAGGCGGAAACAAUGGAGAGAAAAUAAAGAAGAGUCAGAGGCAUUUUUCGCUCAAUCUGAAGCAAACUCUUUGCAACAUUUUUAGGUUCAAAAAAAUUGGUUCACCCGAACAUCAAAUAGUUACCAAGCGCAAUAACGCAGUUCACCAGUCGGCCGACGUGAUAUUACAGGAUGACGAUGACUUGGUAGCAGAUUACGAACAACAUCCAUCCCAUCUACCAAACAACAACAACGGCAGUGCAAUAAACGGUGACCUCGACUACUCCGAGACGGCAGCGACAGCACAGAAGCUGCCGUUCUUUAAGCGAGCUCUUCCACCUCUGCCCAAAAGCAAUGGGCAUGUAGACGGUGGUCUAGAGUCACAAAACGGAGAUGGUGCACUCGCAAACGGUAUAAACGGAGGAGCACCUUCCUGCGACUCAUCGGCAAACUCGACACCUCAGACAAGAGGACAGCAUCAUGCCGCAGCAGCGGACAAUAACGACGAGCAGCCGACAAACGAAGAUACUAGCAUGGAUUUUGCUGCCAGUAUUGAAAAAGUCAAAGAUUAUGGGUGGUACUGGGGCCCCAUCAGCGGAGAGGCUGCAGAAAAGAUUUUAUCCAACGAACCAGAUGGAUCUUUUAUAGUUCGAGAUAGCAGUGACGAUCAUUACAUAUUUUCGUUAUCGUUUAGGCUGAAUAGUUGCGUGCGACACGUUAGAAUAGAACAUGAUCAGGGUAAUUUCAGUUUCGGAAGCUGCACAAAAUUCAAGUCUCACACGAUCGUGGAUUUUAUCGAAAACGCAGUGGAGCAUUCGCGUAGUGGUCGCUACCUCUUCUUCCUGCAUCGACGGCCUGUUCUGGGUCCUAUGCGCGUCCAGCUGCUGCACCCGGUCUCACGCUUCAAGCAGGUUCAGAGUUUGCAGCACACCUGUCGAUUCGUUAUUCUAAAAAUGGUGCGCAAGGAUCUGAUCCCGACGCUGCCGCUGCCCCGGCGCCUCAUCGACUACCUGAGCGCGCCCCACUAUUACAGCGAGCAGUUAGCCUGCGAGCAGGAGGAACGCGUCGAGUCGCCCGUGAGCUCUUCGACUGGCGAGCUGGAGAAAAUCUGCUUCACCCCUCAGGGCUUGUCGUGAGCGACAGCCUUGAGCGCCCCAAUGCGCCUCGGCCUACUGGCUGCUGAUCUUCUUUCUCCUCAACGUGCAUUACUAACGAUAGGAUGCCGAUGACGUGAGCGUGUAAGAUAUUAUUAUUAUUACAUUAUGACGAAAUUUAACGUCGAUGCCUGGAUGAAGCAGCGGAUACUGCAAAGUGAGCGAGAGAAUGAGUGUGACGCCUGCGGUCUUUUGCUACCGUACGGUAGCGCUCGCGAGUACAAUCUUCGAGUGAAUGGUGUAAUUUUUUUUGGCAGUGGGGUUGCUUGAGAUUUUAGAUAAAUGUUUGAAAAAACGUCGUCAGAUGAUGUUGGUUUUUUCUGGCCGCUGUAAAAACGUUAUUGCUUUUGACGACUGCCUUGGUCUCUGGCAACUUUGAAAAUUAAUUUUGAGUCAAAAGUAAAAAUUAAAGAUUUUUGGCAGUUAAUUUCUAAAAAUUGUAAAUAAAUUGUUAUUCAAGUCAAUUUAAAUAUUUUUGGUUGUAAAUCCACUUGUUAACUUCAUGUUACGAUCAAACGAUAAAAUCACGAAUGUAAUAAUUUUAUAUUGGAUUCAAAGAGUAAGAUAACAUUUGUUUAUGAAAAUUCUAAAAUUGAAGCAAUUCAUGAGUCAAAUAUUUCUGAGCGCUACUGUACAUACGCGUAAAGCGACAUUUUUCACCAAGUCAUUUUACGUACGGAAAGCAACGAUGAAUUAAUUUUAAUCUAUGUUGACUUUUUGAUUCGUAUGUAGUUUUGUAAAUUAUAGUUAUUUUUUUCACGAAAGAUUUUAUAUUGUUUUACAUUAUUAACGAUUGUUAUUGAGACAAGUCUGGUUUUCGGUUCAUAAGAAUUGCUGUUGUUGUGAAUUUAAAUUAUUAUUAUUAUUACUAUUACUAUCAUUGAUACAUUUAUCGCAUUUACUCGACCAAAGUGUAUAAAGUGCGAGUACAUCGAUCAUUUAACGAUUUUUAUUGUUAUUUAUCUUAUAAUAAGCAUAAGAUGCAGAUGAGAUAAAAUUUGAAUCAUUCUAUAUAAGUAUAUAUACGCGCGAGAUAAUGGUGAUCUUUUUAUACUCGUAACAAUAUUCUUAAUUAAAAGGCAUAAUACGAUACCGAAUAAAAUACUGAGUAAGGUAUUUUCGUGUAAGUAUAUUCGCGGUUUAGUUGAGAAGUGCCCGCAUUCAAGCUGCGAGGCACACUAAAGCCAAAAGUACACUCAUAUAGUUAAUCAUCGAGUUCGAUUCAGGUACAAGCUUAUUAUAAAUAUGAAAUGGCCAGCUUGUACUCAAGAUCGGACCACAAGGACACAGUGGAAUGAGAAAAGCACACACACACAUCUACACAAAAAUACGCAUACACAUAAAAACAAAUACCACGUAACUGGUGAUUUGAAAGAAUUAGUGCAAUAUAUAAUCAUACGUAGAUUUUCGAAGCAACAAAUCGUUCUCGCGCGGCCAGUGGGAACGAAAAGUUAAUUGUAGCGUGACAUUUGCCACACUUUUUAUAUAGUCCUUCGUACCCUCCCUAACUCUCCUAAUCCUUACUCCACCACCACUUUACAUAAUUACGUAGUUGAAUUAUCAAUCCAAUGAUUUGUUAGAUCUCGUCACCAUUUUGUAAUAUAUAUUUUUUUACCGCAUUUAGCUUAUUAUUGUUUGAUGCGUGCGUCUAGUGAGUUUCAAGCCAAAAAGCAAAAUGUAUAUGUGAUUUAUUUUGUUUAAAACUUAUUUUGAUUUUUUGCCCUCGUCCGCGCGACAUUUGUCAAGUGCCAGUGCUCUACCAGAAUUGUAUAAUUUUCGCAUGCGAUUCAGCAUAUAAAAACAAUAUUGAUAAAACGGAAAAAAAAAAAAAUAACGUACAUACUCGCACGCGCACGUACGCACGCACAUGCACACGCGAUUCAGAUGCAUUUACAUGGUUCCUUUUAAACAAUACCAAUUUUUUUAGAUAAAAGAACUUUUAGUUCGACAUUUAAAUAUUGAUUUGUAUUUUAUAUACAGUACACCUGUUGUGUAUCCAAAUUUUCAGCUUUAACAAUUACUAGACAUCUAAUUUUGUACGAGAAAAUAGAAACGUUUUCAUGCAUUUAUGUUUCAAAUUUUUUUACUCGUCGGUCUGUGCUUAAUUUAUGAUUUUGUGUACCAUGUAAAUUCAUCCCAACGCAUUCAUACAUACAUACAUACAGACACAGUAAUUGCCGUUAAUAGUCGUAUAAAAUAAAGAUUUGAUUAGAUCGUAAAGAAUGAACUACAUAGUAGUGUUUAAACAAACACGAACACGAACACAUUCAAAGAGAGCAAGCGAAGACUUCAUACGUGAUACGCAAAAAUAAUUUGCGCGGGCAUUGUGAUUUCGUUUAAAUAAAUAAAAUUCCGUCUAUAUUAAA